UGCACGACCCCAACUUGCAGUUCCCGCCAAACAAACGAACGAUCAGACGUUCAUCUUCAUCGCCUCGUCUCUACUGUCUCUCUUUUGGUAGCCGAUGCAUUUCUCAGAGACGUAGAAAGAAGGAGUCGGCAAUCACUCUUCUCAACUACUCCAAAUCAGCACAUUGUGACGCACAAUUUGCUUAUCAUUUCAAAUACUUAACUUGAUUCAAAUGCUUCUGCACUUGUUGCUUUUUCUUCAACGAAUUUUAUAAAGCAUUACGAGUUUACAAAGUCCUCUGCACUCUUAUUUCAUUGCUUGAAAACGCAUCAACCAUAAGAUUCGGAUUGCACUUCUAAUUCUGUACAGUUCGGAAAAAUGUCGAACAUAACUGUUUGCGCUCGAUUUCGGCCAUUAAGUUCAAAGGAAAGACGAGAUCAUGGAGAUGCAGUGUGCAUUCAAUACGUGGACUCUGAGACAUUCAUUUUUAAGGACGAGAAGGCUGAAGAACUUACAUUUAGCUUUGAUAGAGUUUUCUACGAUAAAUCUGAGCAAAUUGAUGUCUACCGGCAUCUUGCUCAGCCAAUUGUGCGAGAUGCUCUUAAUGCUGUCAAUGGGACAAUUAUCACAUUUGGACAGACUGGAGCCGGAAAGACUUAUAGUAUGGAGGGGCCUGGCGUACUUGAAUGCGACGCAGUAAAGAAGGGUUUACUUUCUAGAGUGGUAGAAGGCAUUUUUGAGUGUACUAAAUCUUCUGAUGAAACGAGCAAGUAUUCAAUCAAGUUGUCUAUGGUUGAAAUCUACAUGGAGAAAGUGAGGGAUCUUUUUGACUUAUCAAGGGACAAUAUACAAAUCAAGGAGACUAAAACACAAGGGAUAAUGUUAAAUGGGAUGAUGGAGAUGACCAUAAAGGACCCUCAAGAAGCAUUGUUGACCUUAUCUAAAGGAAUAGCCAACAGAGCAGUAGGAGAGACCCAAAUGAAUAUUGCCAGCAGUAGGAGCCACUGUGUUUACAUGUUCACUAUUCAGCAAGAAUCAACCAAGGACAAGAGGGCCAGAACUGGAAAAUUGAACCUAGUGGACUUGGCAGGGUCCGAAAAAGUGGAAAAAACUGGUGCAGAGGGGAGAGUUCUUGAAGAAGCCAAGACCAUUAACAAAUCGCUUUCAGCUCUUGGGAAUGUAAUAAACGCUCUAACAUGUGGACCAAUGGGGAGAGGAAACCACAUCCCAUAUCGUGAUUCUAAGUUGACACGGAUUCUACAAGAUGCACUUGGAGGGAACUCACGUACUGCUUUGUUGUGCUGCUGCUCACCCAGUCCUACAAACUCCUCCGAGACUCUCUCAACCCUUCGAUUUGGUGCAAGGGCAAAGCAUAUAAAGGCUUCUCCUCGUGUUGCAAAUGAGGAUAGAUGUAUCAGAGAACUGGAAGUUUUCACUCCAAUCAAAAGGGAAUCGCGUGACAAACUUCUAAAUGAGUUGCAGGAGAAUUUGGAUAUUGAGCAUGUUCAAAAACUUGAGGAGCUGUUCAUACAAGAAGGAAUUCUUUUUGAUCCUUGCUCCAUUGAAGAAUCUGAAUUGGCCUAUGAAGAUGUUACUUCACAAACCAUUUCUUCCUUGCAGCUAGCUUUGGAAGAACUCUUGAGCACCAUUGGAGAGGAGGAACUCCAGCACAUUCUGUUUGAUUGGUGUUUAUGCUACCAAGUGUUGGAUCAGAGUCUUCCGAACUUUCAAUCUCAGCUGGGUUUUUGACAAAGUUUUUAAGAACAAUGUUCGCAGAUUCUUAUUGGGUCGGUCUUGAAGAAAAUAGCUUUCAUGCUUUGGUGCAAUGCUGUCAAGGCUUUAUCAGUGGAAAUAUGGUUUGAGACAAAUCAGCAGACUUUUCAUAAUAAAGCCUCUCUUUGGAUUGAUCACUAUGAGUUUGUCCGUCUGAAUGUCUCUUCUUGGUGCACCUUAAGUAAAGAAUUUAAAGAUCACUCAUUGCAAGAGAUUUUUCUAAACUGGCAGGUCUUCAUCUUCUCUUCUACUUGAAGCUUCAGAUUCGGCUUUGGUUCUCCAUUUCAAUUUGGAGUCUCUUUGAUUUAUGUCCGGCAGCUGUUUAGCUUUCUGUUUGUACUGUUUUUCUUUCGGUGCAUCUCCAGUAAUAGCUCUAGAUUUUUGAAUUCUAAGGAUUUCUGUUCGUUUGGACAUUAAGGAUGUGACGAGGGUAUUAUAGGGUGUUUAUCUAGUUGAGAUGUUAGAUGCACCUACUCUUCUAUUUAUUAGAGACUUUAUCUUGAUACUCAUACUCCAGUUAUCAUAGUUUAUACUCCAGUUAUCAUAGUUUCUCUUGUUGAGCAUUGGAACUUGGAAUGGAACCAUGUUAUUGUUUGUCAUCUUGAAAAUGAUCUUUAAGCUCUAAUACCACUUUGAGGCUGCUUGUGUUAUUAGACACUU